CCACCACCACUCCACUCCACCCCAUCGACAAUCCCCCUAGGGAUAUCACGGCAAAUCACCUCCAUACCACCUAAUCACACACAACAACACACCGCCACGAUGAGCGCUCCUCCCACGUCGACCGGCAGCGCAAAGCUCGACUCGAUCAAGCAGAAUGUCGCAGCCAACACCCCCGAGAAGCUCUCCGGCCUCGCCCUCUACUCCCGCUUCGCUUUCGCCGGUGCCGUCUGCUGUUCCGUCACCCACGGUGGUCUCACUCCCGUUGAUGUCGUGAAGACCCGCAUCCAGCUCGACCCAGCGACCUACAACCGCGGUCUGAUCGGCGGCUUCCGUCAAGUCAUCGCUAAAGAGGGCGCCGGCGCACUCCUCACGGGUGCCGGUCCCACCUUUGCCGGAUACUUCCUCCAGGGCGCGCUCAAGUUCGGAGGAUACGAGUUCUUCAAGCAGCAGUCGAUCAACCUCCUCGGCUACGAGACUGCCUCCAACAACCGUACCGCCGUCUACCUCGCUUCCUCCGCCUGCGCCGAGUUCAUCGCCGACAUUGCCCUCUGCCCGCUCGAGGCCACCCGUAUUCGUCUCGUGUCCGAGGCUGGUUUCGCGACCGGUCUCGUCUCCGGAUUCGGAAAGAUCUUGAAGAAUGAGGGUGUCGGUGCUUUCUACUCUGGAUUCGGACCAAUUCUCUUCAAGCAAGUCCCCUACACCAUGGCCAAGUUCGUCGUCUACGAAAAGGUCUCCGAGCUCGCCUACCAAAAGUACUUCGACAAGGCCAACACCUCCGCCGGCAUGCAGACCGUCGUCAACCUCGGCUCCGGUCUGAUCGCCGGUUUCGCCGCCGCCAUCGUCUCCCAGCCCGCCGACACCAUGCUCUCCAAGAUCAACAAGUCCAAGGGUCUCCCCGGUGAGGGCACCACCAGCCGUCUGAUCAAGAUCGCCAAGGAGUUGGGUCUCCGUGGAUCGUACAGCGGAAUUGGCGCGCGUCUGUUCAUGGUUGGUACUUUGACCGCUGGACAGUUUGCGAUUUACGGUGAUAUCAAGAAGGCUAUUGGUGCCACCGGUGGUGUCGAGAUCGCGAAGUAAACGGGAUGAAUUCACGGUCGGGUGCAGGGGAGGAUGAAGAUUGGAGGAUGAAAAGUGUGAUAAGACAAGAGCAACGAUACACAAGUGAGAUAGAGGUUCGGGCGGAUGGAGAAUUCGGGAAACAGGUCUGCUACAAGACCUGUGAUCCUGUGAGGAAGGAGGGAG